GCCCUUCUUGAAGGGGUGGGGCCCUUUCCAGGCUGCGGCGGAGGGGAAGCGGCCGAGCGGAAAGAAAAAGGGGAUGCGGCCGUGAUUUCAAGGCCAAACGCUGGGCGCUAUUUGAUAUUCCCCCCCACUCCCCAAAAAGUAUCACCAAGCUAGGCCUUGGGGGGGAUACCUGAGGCUGGGACUUCCUGAAUCCGGUUUGGUUGAGCGUUGCGGUAACUGAGAGUCUUUGGGAUGGGACACUAAGAAAGUUACUUCUUAAAGAAGAUGUCGCUGAGUUAAUUUAAAUUGACUGUAUUACUUAAUGAACUCUUCAGCUGCAAUGAGAACUCAAUAGUACAUUUUUAGACUCCCUGCUCCCCACAAUUUGCCAAAUCAAAAAAAACCCCACCUUUUCACAAGGAUACCACAGAGUCAGUCUUCUUCAUAGGACAAUUACUUUGUUAUCUGAAAUAUUACCUGAAUAUAUUCCAUUUGGUCAACCAGUAAAAAAGAUGCUCCGCUACUGGGGUGAGAUCCCUGUUUCUUCCAGUCAGACCAACCGCAGCUCUUUUGACUUGCUUCAGCGGGAGUUCCGUACUGUAGAGGUCCAGGAUCCUCCGUUGCAUCAACCGUCAGCUAAUAAGUCUAAGCCCACAACCACACUUGAUAGUCCUUCAGAGCCCUGUAGCCUCACCAUUCAUACGGUCCAGCUAAUCCAACAUAACAGGAGGUUGCGUAGCCUCAUUGCCACAGCUCAGACUCAGAACCAACAGCACCUGGAGGGUAUCAAGAUGGAAGGAAGUGAGCCUUUGCCAACUUGUCCUGGGUCCCCACCUCUCCCUGAUGACUUGCUUACUUUGGAUAGUAAAACACCCAAGAUGCCAUUCCAGUUGAGGCACAGUGAUCCAGAAAGUGACUUUUACAGAGGCAAAGGAGAGCCAGUAAUAGAGUUGAGUUGGACUUCUUGCCGCCAGCUUCUCUAUCAAUCUAUAGCUACCAUUUUAGCUCAUGCUGGCUUUGAAUGUGCCCAUGAAAGUGUUCUGGAGACUCUGACAGAUAUCGCUCAUGAAUACUGCUUGAAGUUCGCCAAACUUCUGCGUUGUGCUGUGGAUAGAGAAGCUCGGCUUGGACAGACCCCUUUCCCAGAUGUUAUGGAACAGGUCUUCCAUGAAGUGGGCAUUGGCAGUGUGCUCUCUCUGCAGAGGUUUUGGCAACAUCGAAUUAAAGACUAUCAUAGCUAUAUGCUACAGGUGAGCAAGCAACUCUCCGAGGAGUAUGAAAAACUUGUAAACCCUGAGAAGGCAGCAGAAGAUUUGAAACCUGUAAAAAUCAAGGAAGAACCUGUUAGUGACAUCACAUUUCCUAUGAGUGAGGAGCUGGAGGGGGAUCUUGCAUCUGGAGACCAGUCAUUGCCUGUUGGAGUCCUUGGAGCUCAGAGUGAACGCUUUUCAUCCAACUUGGAAACUGAGGCCUCUCCACAAACUUCUGGUGGUGAGGUGAACACUUCUCCUCUUUGGAACUUGGCCCCAGUAAAAAUGGAACCACAAGAGAAUGAAGAAGGCAAUGUUCAUGGGCACCACGGAGUCCUAGGUGGUGAUGUAUUUGAAGAGCCAAUGUCAGGCAUGAGUGAAGCUGGGAUGCCACAGAGCCCAAAUGGUUCUGAAAGCAGUUAUGGUUCUCAUUCCCCUGAUAGUUUGAUGGGCUCUUCACCAGUUUUCAACCAACGCAGCAAAAAGAAGAUGAAGAAAAUGUGAAUUAUAUCUGGGAAGUUCUGAGAAUGUGAACUAAUUCAGAAAAAUUAGGACUCUUAUCAAGAAAAUAAUGUUUGAGUUGAUGGAUUUUGCAUGUUGUGAUUACUGUUCUACCUGAGAGACUUUCCACCAUCUGAAGGUCUAGAUGGCUUUCAGUGUAGCAAACACCAUACAGUAGGGGUCCCAAAACUUGCCAAGUUUGGAGACCUCUGCCAAACUGUAACAUUGGUUUGGCAAAAAAAAAAAAAAAGGAGAGGUGUAAGUGACUUUUGGUGAAAAAAGAUCAACUCUAAUUACCCAUGGAAUCUUAUAAGCCAGCGUAGUUUCUGGUUAGUUGGAUUUUAGCUUAAGCAAUUUGGGUGCAAAGUAUCUUUAAUUUGAAGAGUGGAAACUAUGGAAGAGGCCUGAGAACUGUAUGACGUUGUAAUGGAAAUCUGUAAAUUCCAUUUUACUUUUGUUACAUGUUAUACUUUUCAUUUUUUGUCUAUGAAUUUAUAUUUUGAAAAAAAGGUUUUUAAUACAGAAUUUUUCUUCCAAUAUAAUUACUAUUACCAUUGCUUUUUGCUCAAAAUCAUGGCUGAUACCUGCUUUUCCUUUUAAUGAACCAACUCACCAUAUUUAAAGCUAAUAGAAACUGGUGAAUUUUAUGUAUUUAUGCUUUUUAUGUUGUUUUAUGUUUUUAAUAUUUUUAUAUUUUGUUGUAUAGUACACAGAUUGCUUUGAUCUAUGAUUGGUGCAGUAAACAAACUUUAUGAACUAUAUGAAGCACUAUUUUAAAAAAUGUGCAUAAUUUUAUUUUCUUUAUGCUAGUCCAGAAGGCCAAUUUACUCAGAACAUUCAUCCAGCUCUGCAUACAAAUCUCCUAUGACUGAGUUCUUAAUUUUUUUUGUACUUGCACUCUGAAUAUAUAGUUGAACUUAAGUUGAAUGCAGCUGAGAGUAAACUUUGAAAGAUAUGACAUCUUCAAAACUGUGCUUUUAGUUAACAUAUCAUAAUGUACUAUUCCUUUAGAAGUUUUUGUUUCUACCAUUGAUGUGUAAUGCUAAAUAUAGAUGGACACUUUAUUAAUCUGUGGAGGGUUUGUAUGAUACAUGCUUUUAAUUGUUGAUUUUUUUACUUACUCUUGGACAUCAUUUUUUAAAAUAAAUGUUCCCUUUUUUGAUAA